GGGGCGUUGCUUCCGGCCGGCGGAGGUGGGGACUGCGGCGUUGCGGGGUGGAUUCUGGGUCGCGACCCCGACCCCUGCCCCGUUCGGCGACUUCGACCCCGACCCCCUCCCGGGCCGUGACCCCCACCCGGUCGUACCCGUAUGGCCCGGCACGUGUUCCUGACGGGACCCCCAGGGGUUGGAAAAACAACGUUGAUCCAGAAAGUCAGUGAAGUUUUAAAGUCCUCUGGCGUGCCUGUCGACGGGUUCUAUACAGAAGAAGUCAGACAGGGAGGAAGAAGAAUAGGGUUCGAUGUUGUCACGUUGUCUGGUGCCCGCGGACCUUUAUCCAGGAUUGGGUCAGAGCUUCCGCCUGGGAAGCGUGAGUGCUGUGUUGGGCAGUAUGUGGUGGAUCUGACUUCCUUCGAGCAGCUGGUGCUUCCUGUCUUGAGGAAUGCAGGUCCCAGAGGUGGCCCGGGGCAGAGUGUGUGUGUCAUCGACGAGGUGGGGAAGAUGGAGCUCUUCAGUCAGCCGUUCAUCCAGGCCGUUCGCCAGGUGCUGUCCACCCUGGGGACUGUCGUCCUUGGCACCAUCCCAGUACCCAAAGGAAAACCGCUGGCCCUCGUGGAAGAGAUAAGAACCCGAAACGACAUUAAGGUGUUCAGUGUCACCAAGGAAAACAGAAACCACCUUCUGCCAGAGAUUGUGACGUGUGUGCAGAGUGGCCGGAAGUGAAGACGACUUGUCACUGCUUUUCUGCACGUGAACACAUCUCUUGGAGAGGAGCCUCAGUUCCCUGCCUGUCCAGGUUUUUGGCCUUCGGGUUUAUGAAAUCUUGGAGGCUUUUCCAAAGAAAGCCUGACAGCUGUUUUCCAUAAAAUGUUUAAAAGAUCAAAUUAGCCUUAAUGCUGGAUUGACUUGACAAGAUUAACAAUCCACUGUGGCUUAUUCAUGCUGAGAGAUUUCUGUUUAUUUCCUCUUGCAGUUGUGCAUAUGAUUUGGGUAAAUUAUGAAAUGAGAAAUGGUUUUCGGAGUAUUAGUUGGAAUUUGCCCCAUUGAUUGAAGUUUAUAGAUGUGUUCAGGGAAAAGGGGGAGAAAAGCGUUCACUGCCUAAUCAGUUUUGCAUGUCAGGAAAAUUCAAUCCCUCUCCAGGAGCAGCUGAAGUCUCCCGCAACUUACAGUGAUAACAGUUACUUGAUUUUUUAAAAAAUCAGUAUUUCAAAAAAAGCCAUUUUCGGUCCUCCCCCCUCCCCAUCUCUUAUUGUUUAUCUGUUUGCUUAUUGCUUAAUAAAAUAAAGGUAGAUGUGAUGAUUGCUCGCAUGUGGGUCCCUGCGUGGGAGGGACGAGCAGUCUGUAGAAAUGUUGGUAGCGCUGGGUACCCAGCAGGGCUUCAGAUCAGAGCCGCACUUUGGCCCCGUUCAUUUAGACAAGUUCGCAAACCUUCCUGGGCCCCGUUUCCCUCCCAGAAAAGAGGGAAGUGGGUACCAUCAAAGGAAGGUGUCGCCACAGCCUGAAGGAAACCACCCUCAGGCGUCCUCGUGAUCCCCUGGGGGGCGCCCGGGGCCGGGGCCCGGGCUGCGGGGAAGACGGUGCAGAGAGAGAAGGUGCAGCCUGGGCAGGGCCCCGUGGGACAGACCACUGAAGCCCCAGAGCUCACAGAGGAUAACAGCUGCCCUCCCAGGGGUUGAUGGGACACAGUGACGAUAACCAGUGCAGUGUCUUUAGGCCAGUUUUGGUGAAGAACUAUGAAUUACCAGGAUUUCUUUAGCCUUAGCUACAAACCCAGCUGGUGCUAAUGCCGGGUGUGCCCUUGAAUAUGACCUCUGACCGGUCCGGGCAUCUGUGGAGCGAGGUGUCCCGUGAGCUGGGCCCUGGGGCAGCGGACAGUGCAGGAAGCAAGUCAGAAAGAGAAAAACAAAUACCGUAUGCUAAGACAUAUAUAUGGAAUCUAAAAAAAAAAAAAAAAAGGUUCUGAAGAACCUAGGGGCAGGACACACACAGUAUUUUAAAACAUGGGUUUUUUUUGGCCGAGGGGCAUGUGGGAUCUUAGUUCCCUGACCAGGGAUCGAACCUGGGGCCCUAACCACUGGACCGCCAGGGAAGUCCCCCAAAUGGUUUCUUUUCUUCUCUGAAUUGGCACGUGUCAGGGAGAUGGUCCUUUAAAGUCACGGCCUGUGAACUCUCUGACUGUGGUGGCUGAGGAAGAGGGGGCACCGUCAAGCCGUAAGUGGUCAGGUGCGGGGCGGGGCGCAGUGGUGGCCCAGGAAAGUGGGAUGGGCCUCCCCCCUCCUCCUCCGUCUGUCUCGUGUUCGUAGAAUGCUGUGUCUGGGAAGACCGCGUGGGAGUAGGGGCGCUGGGGGCAGCUGAUGGCAGGUGCUUGUGACUUGGGACAAAGCAGUAGGAAAGUGGAGCAGGCUUGGGAGGAGGGCUUGGGGAACAGGCCUUGCGAUGCCCGUUUCAUGGGCCAGGAGAGGUCAGUGCACCAAAGCGGUUUUAGAAAACGACUUGCCAGGCAGGUGGCUUUAACACACAGGGCACAAAUGAAAAUCAGUAAUGCCAGGUUAGCCCCGUGAUUUAUAGAAGGCCAAGCACUACAGUUUAUAUUAUCUUUAGAGGAGAAGCAGUUUUGUUCAGUGUCCAAAUGUAGAAAAUAAAUAACUCUUUAGCUGUGGCAGAACAGGUGAAUAACUCCAGCAAGAAAUGUCACCUUCGGAAAAUCCCCUCUAAAUGGGGGCUAAUAAUACAGUAUUUUGCAAGGAAUACGCUCUGAUAAACAGUUGACUCGCUGAAGAUCAGAUUAACAAGCUCAUGAGUUGUAAAUACAAAAGUUGUUUGCAACACUUGAAAAAGUCACGUGGCCGCGUCGUUGACAGUCCGUUAAGAAUCCUGGAGGGGAUCCAGCCACGAUCUCACCCGUGGGUCUGCGUGUGCACACGCUCAGAGCGCA